AUGGCGAACCAAACCAUUAGAGAGCUUGCCGCCGCUGCCCCCGCCGUACAACAACCGCUCUCCAUUACCUUUCCUCAAGGCACUACCCCUUUUCAACUCAAAACAGGGUUAAUUCAUCUCCUCCCUACAUUCAACGGUCUUCCUAGCGAAAGCCCACAUAAACAUCUCGCUGAAUUCCACAUGGUGUGUAGCAGCAUGAAGCCGCAAGGAGUCUUGGAAGACCAAAUCAAACUAAGGGCAUUUCCUUUUUCUUUAGCCGGAAUGGCUAAGGAAUGGUUAUUUUACCUUCCUCCUAACUCAAUAACCACAUGGGUUGAACUAUCUCGUGUUUUCCUUGAUAGGUAUUUUCCAGCGGCAAAGGCGAGCGAGCUUAGGCGAAGCAUUUUAGGAAUCCAGCAAAGGAGCGAUGAAUCUCUUUACGACUACUGGGAGAGGUUCAAAAAGUUAUGCGCAAGUUGCCCGCAGCAUGGCCUAUCCGAGCAGACCCUUCUUCAGUAUUUCUAUGAAGGGAUGCUUCUGAUGGACAAAAAGAUGGUGGAUGCUGCAAGUGGUGGCGCACUCAUCAAUAUGAUGCCAGAAAAUGCUAGAACUCUAAUCUCUACUAUGGCCGCAAACUCGCAACAGUUCGGCUCUUCAAGUGAACCUAGCCGACGGGUUCACGAAGUAAGUACCGUUUCUUUGGAAAAUAAAAUAGACAAAUUGACUGAUAUUGUCAAUUCUUUUAUCACAGGUAAGAUAGGAGCCGCGAAGGUUUGUGGAAUCUGCACAAUGCCGAACUACCCAACCGAUUCAUGUCCAAUGCUACAAGAUGAGACGGGCGCCAAAGUCAAUGCCAUAAAUAAUUUCCCAAGACCUCCUCAAAGGCCAUACAAUCCCUACGGUAACACUUUCAAUCCCGGUUGGAGAGACCAUCCAAAUAUGAGCUAUGGAAACAAAAACCAAAAUUACCAACCGAGACCACCUCCCUUUCCAAAUCAAUCACCACAAAAAACCUCUCUUGAGACCAUUGUUGAAAAGUUGGCCAUUUCACAAGAAAAAUUCCAAACCCAAACACAAUCUCAUCUCCAAGAAAUUGACAAACAAAUAAGCCAACUAGCCCAAACCGUUGGUCGCUUAGAGUCUCAAGGACGAUUGCCCUCUCAAACUGAAACAAAUCCGAGAGAAAAUGUGAACUCGAUUACUUUACCAAGUGGUACCGUAAUUUCACCAAAACCGACAAAGGAGCCCAAGAAAAUCGAGAAAGACAAAGAAGACACUUCUUUGAAGAGUCAAGAAGAAAAAUCCUCGCCUACCUCAGGUAAAGUCAUUCCUAGUCCUUCUUUUUCUACUUACGAGACUCCUCCUCCCUUUCUAGGAAAGCUUGCAAGGCGUGACAAAAAGGAAGAGGAGAAAGAAAUUUUGGAUAUAUUCAAAAAAGUGGAAAUCAAUAUUCCACUCCUUGAUGUCAUUCGGAAGGUGCCAAAAUAUGCGAAGUUUUUGAAAGACUUAUGCACAAAUCGGAGGCGGUUCUCCGGCAAUGAAAGAGUUAACCUUAAUGAGAAUAUUUCGGCCGUUUUUCAAAGACGCCUACCACUGAAAUACAAGGACCAAGGGAUAUUUGUAAUUCCCUGCAAAAUAGGAAAAGUCGGAAUAAAAAGGGCAAUGUGUGAUCUAGGCGCAUCUAUUAAUGUCAUGCCGCUAAGCGUCUACAACAAAAUUUCAACAGAACCAUUAAAAGAGACGCGAGUGACGGUUCAAUUAGCUGAUCGAUCAGUUAUCUACCCCGAAGGGGUACUAGAAAACGUGUUGGUAAAGGUAAACGAUCUCAUUUUCCCUGCUGAUUUUUACAUUAUUAACAUGGAAAAUGACCGCAGCAACAACGGAUUAGAAAUCUUGCUUGGACGCCCUUUCUUAUCAACAGCGCAUACAAAGAUCGAUGUCCGUAACGGCAUCUUAACCAUGGAAUUUGACGGGGAAGUGGUUAAAUUCGAUGUGUACAAAUCUAUAAAGUAUCCUGAUUCCAUCGCAAGUUUAAAUUUUGUUGAUAUUAUAUAUCCGUUAGCCGAUGAUUUUAUCGAAACUAAUUUGUUUUAUGAUUUUUAUAGGAAAUUAGAGGAUCUCGAUGAUGAAAGCAAAAUCAUUUCAACUCUUUCCUCCAUUUAUGAUUCUCGAUUAAUUCCAUCUAAACCCCUUCCCUCAAUUUUGCAGGCGCUACAACUAGAAUUGAAGCAACUUCCAUCGCAUCUCAAAUACGAAUUUUUGGGUGAUAACUGA